AUGGCAAGUAACAAGAAACGUCGAUUCCAGACUCAGGUUCGCCCUAUACUGACUCUGGAGACACCUAAUUCCGAGACAGGCGCGAAUUUCCCAACUACGGCGCCGGGAGGAGACGCAUCAACGCGCGAAAAGGCCAAGGAUGCUCAGACCUACGACAUGGAGGACAGGGACUCGGAGCCCGAACAUGAUAAAGAAGCAUCAGACGGAGCAGCGAGAGCGGAGUCUCCUAUGAUCGCUCACCUUCACCAGAUGUUCUCCGAGAGGCUCGACGCCAUGCAGUCCAUGGUACAGAGACUCCUGGGGGUAGCUCCCCCCAUCCGGAAGAGCAAUCCCGACUCCUACGCCGAUACUCCCUUCACGAAUGAGAUCACCUUGAUCGAGAUGCCCAUGAAGUUCUCUUUCCGCAGCAUAAAGGCCUACGACAGCACCACUGAUCUGGACGACCAUGUCGCCCAAUACAGACAAAGGAUGCUCGCCAUAGCACUCCGAAAGGGGUCGCGCGAAGCUACCUUGUGCAAAGGUUUUGGCUCCACUCUGACCGGACCCGCUCUGCAAUGGUACAUCAACUUACCCUCCAGCUCCAUAGCUUCCUUCGCGGUUCUCAGCGAUAAUAUCCCCACUGCUAUCUCUGCUUUCAAGAGAGGCCUGCUCCCCGACAGAGACCUCUACAAGGAGCUGACCAAAUAUCAUUGCAAAACCAUGGAAGACGUCCUAUCUCGAGCCUGGGCACAGGAAAAAUGGGAGGAAGACGUCACCAGCCGUGCCAAAGAGCAACAAAAGCAAGAUUCCAAGACGAUCAGAUCAGACCGAACCGAGCGAGACGAGAAACCCUCACAAAGACCAGCUACGGACUCCGGAAAUCGAAACCGGGGCAGAUACCAGAACCGGCCGAUCGAGAAGGCAGAAGGGAUGGCAGUGUCCGCGUGGCUAGACAUCUCUCACCUCUCAGUAUCGAGGCCAAAGCUGGUCAAUGUUCUGAGGCAGAUGGGCCAAGAGGUUAAGUGGUCUCAGAAGAUGAAAGCACCCGACUCUUUCUGGAACCCUGGUUUAUGGUGCGACUUCCACCGAGACCACGGUCACAAAACGGAGGACUGCGUCGCACUAAAUAUAGAGGUCAACGAGCUACUUAGGAAAGGACACCUCAGGAAGUUACUUUCCGAGAAGGCCAAGAGCCAUAUAAGAAAGGAGACAAUGGAAAUCAGCGGCAUAAGCCAUGCAGGUGUGAAGAAAAGCACCUGGAACGCCAAGCACGGCCUAGAGGCAGCCAAGCCAAAACGCCUGCUCCUAGGAACAGACGAGAUAAGCUUCGCGGCCAAGGAGCAGGAGAAAGUUCUCACUCCGCAUCACGACGCCCUAGUUAUCUCGCUCACUGUAGCGAACUGCCUGGCAGCAUACAAGGACCUGGGGCUGGAGGAAAGCGCUCUAACUCGGAGGAUAACCCCCCUUAUAGGGUUAAGCGGGGAAGUCAAAGAAACCGCCGGGGAGAUAACCCUCCCCCUAUACGCUGAAGGAAUCAACAGGUCAGCCAAGUUCCUCCUUGUCGAUUGCGACUCGUCUUACAACAUGAUCCUAGGACGGCCUUGGAUUCACGGAAUGGGGCCCGUCCCCUCGACUUUCACCAAAUGGUGA